AUGUUGCAAAGGUUCAUUGUCCUCAACCAUUCCUCUAAUCUAGAAAUGACACUGCAAACCCUACCACUUGAAAUCCUAUGUAUGAUUAUUCGUUUUAUAGGAAGCGAUCAGCUUCGCAAACAGGAAGCCUGCGGCUUAUUGGUCUGCAAGUUGUGGUAUGAGGUUGCAAAGCCCCUCCUACUAGAGGACCUCAAGCUCAGUGCGACGCAGUUGGUACAAGUACCCGACAAUGUGUAUCCAAAACUGAAGGCCUUCUUGCGAGAGCUCACAAUUGAUGUGCAUGGCCCGGAGGACUGGCCCGCUGAGCGAGAUAUCGCGAAAUUCAAUGAAAUACUCACUUCAUUGGUUGAACGGAGCAAUCAUUUAGCAUCUCUCACAUUGCAUGUCCGCAGCCAAUUUGACCUAGACAAUCCGCUGGCCCCUCGCCAGCAGUAUAUCUCCACUUGGGACCCGACUCAAUUUUUGACCGUCCUGGGUACCUCGAACCUCUCACAUCUUGUUAUCGAUACCUACGGUUCAGAAAUGAGCAAUGCUGUACAUAUUUGUCCUUUGUUAGCGCUCCAGAUGCCCUCGUUGAAAUCGGUGCGGUUACGCCUGUGUAGAAUCUGCCCACAGAUUCUUGAAUUCCCCCGGGGUGACAGUGCCAUUCCAUCACAAAUUGAGAGCCUCAUCAUCAAUCUCAGCCUCCAAAAUGUCGAUCGAUUCUCCGCAGGAUUUAGUCAUCAUUGUACCGAGCCAAGGAGGGCGUUGGACCUAUACAAAGAGAUGACUACGACAGGUAUUGAGAUUGCAAAACAAAACCCAAGCCUCAAAGUGUUCAAAAUUCUGUGUCACAGGCACCCAUAUUCUGAUACGAUGACUAUGAAUUGUAUUACUGGGGUCAAGACAAUUCUUGAUGGCACCUGGGACUGGGGCGAUGAAGGGGUUUCUGAACCUGAUGAAGCUUCCCCCGCCCAUUUUUCUUCAACGGAUAGUGAUGACUCCAGUUGA